GGAUGAAGGAAACAGAUGCAGCUGCAAGAGUGUGGCAACAAGUUUUCCCAGGGUUCCUGCGGUGUUUAUAUUUGUAAAUACCUUUAUUAAAAAUGUCCAAUCUUCAGAAUUGCUGACCAUACUCUUCGACAUGACGGACGCUACACCUCAACAAUUUAGCCAGCUUAAAUACAGGUUUUAUGCAGACUUCUGCCGGAGACUUGGCUUCAUUAAUGCUAACGUAAUCGCUGCUUUCUCCGUACGUCCCAUCGCCAAAUACUUUGAUGUCAUUCUGCCGCAAGCUUUGAUACAGAUUUCUGCCAAUUACAUCGCCAACUUCCUGUUUGCCGAAGGAAUCCUCACUGCUGGUAAUGCACAAAAACUAGCUUUGAUUUAUUAUAAGAAGCUGGAAGAGAGCGCCAAAAUCCAUGAAAUUGAUUGUGAAAGCGGUUACAUUACUAAAUUUCAAGCUUUAGCGGACGGUGAGGCUGGAUUCGUUCAAUAUUUCGGAGAGCCUUCAUAUUCAGAAACAUGGGAAAUAGCUUUCUAUUGUGCUCACGAAUGGUUAUUGGCUGCUGUGGAUUAUGGAACUCUUAGAAAUGUCACAUCGUAAAAGAAUAUUUCUCAUCUAUGUAGAAUUUUUUAAGAAAAAUUUCACAUUUUUUUCCAUAUUAAUAAGUUGAUAUAAAAUUAUAUAACAUAUUACUAUUAGAAGUUGGCACCAGAGGGAGUGAUUUCCUCAAAGACAGUCUCUUAUAUUCUUUAAUAAAUGUACUUGUCCCUUUUUCGUAUACGUAGUCUAGAGAGAGUAUGGUAUAAAUCGCACUUCUAAGUAUAGUAUAAAUCAAAUAGAAAUGUUUGAUGAAUCUUCACAUUUUAGAUCUCCUUGAGUUCGAAAAACCCAAUUUUGGAAAAUGUCCUUCUGUCUGUCUGUGACGAAGAACUCAGAAAUGAUUUUAACUAGGCUUUUGAAAUUUGGUAUACGGCAAAUUUUCAAAUUUCUAUCAAAGUUUCAGUAAAAUCUGUUACGAGAAAUUCCAUCUGUCCGGCUGUUUGAAUAUAAGUUAAUACGAUAAUUAAAUAACGAAGAGAGCUACAGGGAUAAAAUUCAGUAUACAGAUUUAACAUCUAUAGUGCAAACAAUUUUAAAAAAAUGAGCUAAACCCAAGCACGGGUUAAUUGUCACUUGGCUUGUGAUUUAAGAAAUAAGUAAAAGCGAUCAUUCAAAAACGGAUCAUGACGGAUUUAAAUUAUCAAAUUUCGUUUGAGAAUUUGUGACUACAAAUGCAGAUUUGUAUUAACUUCGUGUUUCAAUCGAUUGAGAAAAAACGUGUCUAAAUCAUAAACUUGAUUUUUAUCUACUAUUAACACGGUACCAAGGAUUAAUCGCCAAAUAACUUGCCAAGGAUAACAAUAUAGAUUCCGUAAAAAUACUAAAAUCACGCCAAAGGUUAAUAUUUCGUAAUCUAUUGCACGUCAAUGCCAAGCAAGGCGUUCUCUGGCAUGACAA